AAGUCAUAAUGACGGCAAGGCUUGAAAUGGAUAUGCGAAUGCGUUGUUUUGGGUAUUUUUCUCUAGUGCUGCUGCUUGGCAUUAGAUAUUUUCGAUGCAGGCGUGUCCCACAUAAAUUAGUGGAAAGUGUGUGCUUGUGGAAUUUUAGCUGAUCUUAUCAGGCUGAUCGAUUUGAAAAUAGGAAAAGCCGGCAACCAUACCCCUCUUCACCCCCUUUUGUUUGUUUGUAAAUAAAUGGAUAAUGUAUCCUUUGCUGUUAGUUCCAGAGAAGAGUGUGAACCUUGGAUUAUUGCCAGUAUACUGAAAACGGUCUCUUCAAUGCUUAAUUGAUGGACGUAAUUGCGUAAGGGAGUAAACACAGAUGUAAACUGUAGAAUUGUUGAAUUGUACUAGGAAGAUGACAACUAGUUCUGAGUCUGAAGGCACUGGCUCAUCGGAUUACACCGAUUCUUCCGAUGAAGAUGGAAUGGAAACAGCUUAUGCCUGCGGCACGAAAAUUCAAGUGCCUCAAGGCCUGUGCGAGCGAAAGGACAUUUUCGAUGAGUUCUUUACAGUUGAUUUAUGGAAUUCAUUUUCAGAUGAAGAUAAAGAGCACCUACAAACUUUCUUACCAAAUUUCCCCGAGAAUGAUGACUUGGAGAAAACCAAAACUCUUCAAAGACUUUUUGAUUUUGAAAACUUUAGAUUCAGUAACCCGCUAACGAAAUUUUACGACCAUUUAAAAGCUGGCUAUUUUCGGCCUGAAAUUGCUCGAAUGAGAAAAAUGAUUCACAAAAAAGAACGAUUGGAGGCGAAAUUCAGGCAGCAAAAAUACAAGAAGCAGCUAAAACGUGAUGUAAUUGAAUCUCAGAGGAAACUCAUGAACCAAAUGAAAUUCCUGCCUCCAGGCCAUGAGCCUAAGCAAGAAAAACGAAAACUGGACCUGGAUCAGGAAUAUGUGUAUUGCAGGACAAAGAAGAAGUAUUUUCAAGUUCUGGCAGCGAUCAAUGGGAAAAUGGACGAUGCGGACUUUUCACCAGAUGAAAACUAUCCAGAGGGGCCUUGUACAAAGCUGCCGAAAAAGCAAAAACGACACUUAAAUAGCAUACGAAAUAGCUUGAAUACAUGUAAAGGUAAACUGUAUCAUUCAACGAUGGUUGGGAAGGCCAAUGGGAUUUCAAUAGAUUUGGAAAAAUACGUCACUACAUAUCAAAACCCUUUUUACAUUACGGAUGAAAGCUAUAAGAACGUGUUGCAUCAACACAGGAAGAGGAAAUCGGAAAAUUGUGGUGAUCCUGAGUUGGAUGUAGAUGGUAUUUCCAUCAUAGAUGUGAUUAAUCGAACGCAAUUGCCUUUUAUCAAGAAUUUGCAAAUAAAGCCGAAUUCAGCUGAUAUCAAGCCAGUUCUUCCAAGGAAGCGAAUAAAAAAAGAAUUAGACAUUAGAAAGUCGUGCGAUAGUAACGUAUUUACUGGUAAACUUGGACACUCGUUGCUGAAUAACAGUUCAAACUCUGAUUCCGACUCUGACUCUAUUAUAGACGCUGUUACUGUACCGACCACGUCUGCAAGCUUUAGCAGCGUUUUCGGCGACAAUAAGUUCAAUUCUCUAGUAAAAGCGCCCUUGUCACCUAAAAAAAUUAAGGAUGAAAUUAAGGCCGAAAUAUUGGAUCCAAUUGAAUGUUUCGAAACUAUUCCCAGUAGUAUUCAAGGCUUAAAGUCCCAUAUUUUGAGAGAAACCGCCAGCCCGAUUACGACGGUUUUGCAAUCAAAUUACGGCGAGAUCACUCCUAUUAAAAUGGAAGAUCUCGAAACUAUAGAUAUAAUGAAUACGCCUAUAGAACUAGAUAAUUCCGAAAUCGACAUUAUGGAGCUAAGUAUCAAGCCUGAACUGAUGCAAGAUACCCAUGCGAACUUCUUUUCUCUUAUCAGGGACGUGAUUUGCUCUACAAUUGAGCACAGAAUGAAUAUGUACACCUUGCAGGAACGGUUGAAAGCCUGGCAAGAGAAUCCUAUAAGUCCUUUAAAUGACUGGUACAGUUACGUAGACAAUUGGAUAAAUAUUUUGCCGUCCGCAAUAACAUUCUUAUGUGGGAACGCUUCAGAACAGCCUGAUGAUUUUGUGCCCUAUAUGGAGUAUAAGCUGAACUUGGAUGUUUACCAGUGGAUAGGGGCAGGUCGAGAUUCGGAUCCGUUACUAUCCAAUUUGUGCAAUUUUUGGCUACAGCACAGAACGGAGAGUAAAAUGAUGAAACCUCUUGAAGUGGAACUUGAUAUUGCCGAUAAAGAUGGGACGCCACCUCCCCCAAGAUGCCCUACCACUUGGACUGUCCGCAAGGCAACUUUGGAGGACAUCAAAGACUAUCGAGAGCAGGAGCGUAGAAGAUACGACAAUCCCCAUAAGGCUUUUACGUUUCGGUGCAAUGGCUACGAGUCCGUUGUGGGUCCGCUGAAAGGCAUUUAUUAUCCAGCUCCAGCGAACUCCAAAGCCAGAGGCCACACAAUGCUCAAUGCGGACAGGCCGAACUUUGUUACCAUUUUAUCGUUAGUCAGAGACGCAACCGCUCGACUGCCGAACGGCGAAGGGACGCGCUCAGAGAUUUGCGAGCUUCUGAAGUCUUCCCAAUAUAUUUCCAGUUCUGCGCCUGAUAGUAUAUUACAGUCUGUGGUGUCUGGAGCCUUGGAUAGAAUGCACACUCAAUGGGAUCCGUGUGUUAAAUAUGAUCAAAAGAAGAAAACAUGGGUGUACCUGCAUCGGCACAGAACAGAGGACGAUUUUGAACGCAUCCAUCAGCACUAUCAAGGCGUUCAGAAGGGCAAGAAAACCGCACGAAAGUCUCCAGCCAAACCGAAAACCCCCAAAGGAGAGAAGGUUACCAAAACAACCAAAAUACUACAUCCGAAGGCUGUAAUAGUAGGCAAUAAUGUUAAUACUGCUAACAGCAAUGUGGUGACGCAGCAUGUAAUAGUGUCUACAAAUGACACUAGAAAGGAGCACAAUGUGCAUGUUGAAGAAGCGAAAGAAGAAGUUGUAGAUGGGCAAAGGUCACAGGACUUAACCGAAGUGAAAUCAGCUGAUAAGAACACAUCUGUCCCGCCUGAGAUCAUCACAGUCUCAAUGCCUCAGCAGAAAACAACUACAAUCCGUCGUCCUGGCGUUUUUCAAGCUAAAACAACUGGCUGCAAAGAUGAGAAGCUUCUGGUUGUUACAACAACUCCUAAUUUAAUAGCUGCCUCCCAGAAAGGAACUAGCUUGCUGCUGAGCAAUAAUCUCCCCAAGCAGCAAGAGACAUCACAGCCUUCUCCCACUCGGAUCAAGGCUCAGUCUCUAGUAACCAAAAGAGAGUCGUUGGAAGAAGAAACCCCUGAACUGAUGCAUAUACGAGUAGCAAGUCCCAUGGGGGUGAUUAAGGGUGCAGCGAAAGGUUCCAUGGUGAAAAUUAUGUCCCCAUCGCAAGGCAAGAGUGUCAUCAUACCCACUUCGAAUCCGCAAAUUUUGAAGCAGAUCCAGGAGCGACCGACUAAGGCCCAGGUAACUCAGCAGUUCUUGCAGAGUUUAGCCAUACAAGCAAAGCAGAAAACGGUUACAACGAAAGGCACUAUAGAACUUCCAGAAGGCGAUUCGGUUAAACACAUGGAAAAGGCAAAGAUUCCUGUUAAUAUUCAACAGCAAAUCGUUCAAGGCUUGACCACUCAACAAUUGCAAAACAUCAAAAACGUAACUUUACUACGUACAAAUAAUCCCACUGUCACAAUGAAUUCUCAGAGUAAUAUUGAAUCUCAAGACGGUAUUCACGUUUCAGGCAAAAUUCAAACUCAAACUGAGACUGUUCAGUUGAAGACUUCAGCUAAUUUGACUACGGCUCAGACUCAGCAGAUUUUGCAAACCAUCAAGCAGAAAUACUUGCCAAAUGCAAACAUGCUGACGCCUCAACAGCAGGUCCUAUUAAAACAGAAGGGUUGUGUUGUUCAGUUGCAGAAAUCUACUGGGGUUGUUAAAAAUAGCGCUUCUGGUUCAGACAAUAUGACGAAAACCAUUCAAAGCGGUCAAGUUCCGAUGGUUGCUAAAGUUCUUACAAACGCCGCUGGUCAAGUAAUAUCUGUAGAAAGCCUGUUGGCCCAUCAGAAAGCGCAUGGAGCACUUCCGCAUGGUACCACUCUUCGAGUUCAAGGCUCUAAAGCCGGGCAACAGAAUGUGAUCCAUUUAACAAGUGCUGCCAAGCCAAACACAAUAGCCCAUUUUACCGUUGGGUCUCAAAAUAAUUUAGUCGCAUUGACGACGCAGCCUAAACUCGUAGUCGCUCCUCAAACAACUACCGUUACCACUACAGUCACUCAAUCCAAGCCGCAAUCUACCAGUUACCUUUAUUGUAGAAAUGUGGCAUCUUCCCGAAUCCAGCCGGGCGGCAAAACUCAGAACCUCACCCAGCAUUUAGUCAAUGCGAAAAUUAUUACUUCGGAUGGCCAGAAAAUUGUUCAGCCAAAAAUGAUGGUUGGCGGCCAGGCAAUUAAAGUGCCGUCCAAAGUAGGGGCGAGAACUGCUAAUUUCGGGAGCAGCCUUCGAAUGCUCAACACCGCCAACUUGAACCUAACCACCCUGGAUGGAAAACCGGUUCUUCUGGCCAGCAAAUCUGGAAUUCAAAGCUUGCACGGCCAAAAUGUGAUUGUUCAGGCCCAUCCAGGCUCGACUCCAACCAGUUCCUCGUUGGUGUUGCAAAGCGCUGUUACGAAAAAAGCUGGCCACGCCAUCUCCCAAUCGCAAGGCUCGACUAAUAUGUUGGGACAAUCCGGGAACAUCGUUUUCAGUUCAACGGCCAUUAAAAAUCAGGUACCGCAACAGGUGCUUUUUUCCAGCCAAGGUAAAAGUGGUUCAGUGAGCGCGACAACUUCUCAAGCAGGACACAUUGUACUGGGGAAUCAGCCAAUCAGAUUGCAGACAAAUAGUGCGAGUGGCAGCCAAAGGGUGGUACUUGCGAGCCAAGGCCAAGGCGGCCAGAUUUUAGCACAGCAGAUUCUGCUGCCUGCAGGCUUUCAGGGUGCUGCCAUCAAUAUCAAGUCCUUGCAAGGGGUCAAAGUGAUUCCUAUUGCUCAAAAUCAAAAAGGUCAGAGUCGGCAAAUUGUCGCCAAAGUUAUGAAUCCGAGCGUUGUUAAACAGGCAACACAGCAGUCGACGCCUGUUCAACUUCAAGAAUCUGUAACUAUUCACAGCUCAGAGAGUGAAUGAGGCUUGUAAUUUUAGGUAGACUAAUCUUAGUAAUGGCAAUCUUUGCAAUUUGAUUUUAGUUUUAGAGUUUUAGUGUACAUUAACAGUUUGGCAGUGGAAUCAUUCCUAAAGUAUCGCGAGGGAAAUAUUAUAAAAUCUUAAUUUUAUUAAACGGGUGUUUUUUGGAAAAUUGAAUAUUUUUGGGUAUUUUCCAAAUACAGCUUAAAGAAGCUAACUUUUUAGCAUAAAACGGUGAUAUUUUAGGAAGCAUUUUAAUGCACAUUGUUAUGAUUUAGUUAAUUUUAAUUCGCACAUUGUCUGUAUAGUUCACACUUGCUGUAUUAUGUUUGUUAAUUUGGCAAAUAUUGCGUUUUUCAACAAGUUUGUGCUGAAAAAAAUCAACGUGGUCUUUAACUCGUCGUGGAGUUGUGUGCUUUGUAUGAUAGUGUAUUAUAAAGAAUAAUGAUAGGGCACGUGAGCUCGCUGUAAAGGGGUGAAUUGUAUUUUUACUUAAUCGAACUUACUGAUGUGGAUUAAUUCAUUUGUUUGCUUAUAUGAAUGCAAUUAAAAUAGGACUUCCUGUUUC